CAAACAUUCACAACCCCCAUUUUCAUCAGCAAACCAGUUACUAUAUUAAGGAACCCUAUCGAGAGGAUUAUUCAGCCAGCAAGAAAAGAAACUCGGUAUUGACCUGUUAUUUUCUUCCGACAUCCCCACACUCAGACCAUUCUCUUUAAAUCCCAUCAGGAGAUUUCCACACUCUCUAAGAUAAUCCAUGCUCCAAAUAGAGGCCAGAUCGGUGUUUUAAAGUUUGGACCACCCGGAAUUUCGACCUAUAAACGCCGCAGCAAAGUUUUUUUAAGAAGAAACCGAUUUAUGAAUUUAUGAGAUUAGAGAAAAGCAAUGGAAGAUUCUCAGGUUGAGAGAAAAUCAAGUUGUCAAUCUACGAAACCGCAAAACGAGCAACAGGGUGUUUUUGACACUUCAAAAUCACAGUCGAUGGCGAAUGACGUUCUAAAGAAGGUGCCUCAAAAUCUAGCGAUUGAGCCAAAGACUACUGUACAACCUUACCCUCAUGAGGUACAUAAGGCUACUGAUCAGAAAACCGGCCAGGAGGCUGAUACGCAUGCUAGCUCUAGUGUGGCAACUACUAGCUCUGAAAGUGCAAAGUCACUGAAAACAAUACACAAAGCGCCGGCACAGCCUGUGAUUAUGCCCAAGCACAUCAAUACCCCUGACGGAACUAUUUUGCUGAAUACAAAUACACCUAUCGGGAAAGCUCCCAAGGCCAUCAAACCAAAAAAAGUAAUAGAAAUAGCUUGCAAAAGUGGCACAUUAAAUAACAAGGAUAUACCGAGACAAAACAGCACUGCUUACACUAGUCAUAACCCCAUCAAAAGUAAAGUCACGCCACAGGUGUCUAGAACGACAACCACUGUUGGAAACUGCAAACUGCAGCCCAGCACCCCAGCAUCACAAAUGAGUCGCUCUAACUCUGUACAACCCGCAAUAAAAGUGGCUUCUCCUUACCAAACCAUGCAGCGAACUUCCUCUGUUCCAAUCGCCAAAAAUGCUACUGCUGCGACACCUGUGGCUAGACCAUCCACCCCAACCCAGCCACAUCCAAACACUAGUAUAUACUUUCACCCGAUUGCAAUUAAACCGAAGCCAACCCAAUCACUUCCUUCGAAGGGCCGUUCAAAGUCAAGUACAUUUUCAAGGCUGAAUACAGCAAGUAGCAUACAUACAUCCAAGGAUCAGAUUAAACCGUCAGACAGUGCGAUAACUUUGACCACCUCUCGAAACUGGAUUCUACCACCUCGUCCUAAAACAAAGAAGGUCUCUAAGAAAAAGGAAAAGAGACCGAUACAGAGAAUUCCUGUACCAAGUAGUACAGACUCGAAAAGCGUUCCUAACACUUCACAAAAACCACUAAAUUUGGCAUUGUCACCGAAAAACAUUAAUUCGAAAAAGACAGUAAAUAUUUCAUAUCCAUCAAAACCCCUAAGUAGUACAGGUUUACCUACUGUUAAGGUUGAAAAUAAAACUUCUUCAAUAGCCGAUGCUGGGAAAGCGAGUUUGGCAGCAACGCAUGACGUUGUUCCGGUCGAUGGCAAAAGAUCGAUUAAACCAGACAGCAAACGAAAAGAGUGCACUGGUUGUACUAAAUGUGUUGCCCCGGGCAUAAGAAGUGUGUACUUGGAGCCUUCGACAGGGAAAGUUUCCAUCAAUGCCCAAAUACACUCGAAUAUCAAUCUUUACACAAACAAUGAAGGAGAGCUUGAAGUUCAAUUACAGCACGUCACUCGUGAAAAUGACAACUUGAAAAAGAUUCUGCUGAAACUCAACAAGGAGAUCCAGAAUUUGAAGCUCGUAAAAAAGAAAGAGGAGAGCAUUCUAAUGAACAGUAAUGGAACCGGAAUCUCUAAUAGUAAAGCUCCCAACAAUUCUACUUCCACAAAUACAUGCAUCAAGAUCGAACCGCUGGAAACUAACGUCUCUAAUUCCCUCGCAAAAAAGAGCGAGAUUGGUGUGUCUAAGUACUCGAAAGAUAAUGCAAUGGUGCGGACUGAGCCUUCUACAGCAGUGAAGCAAGAAACCACGGAUGUUGCUAUGGAUAGUGAUGGAGAUUGUGGAAUGGUUCAAGACAAGAAACAAGAAACUGAUGCAGACGAUAACAAGGUUCUACCUGAUAUGAUGACAGCAAAUACUAUUGAUCCAAUGAACCUCUCAUACCAUUUAGAAUCCAAACGGCAAAAAAUUUCCAGUCCACUUCCCGAAAUGAAACCAGAGAGCGGUAUCCAGCCUACUUUAGUUCAGCAGCUGCCCGACCCCAAUUCUGGUCCCUCGACCAAGGCCAAGGUUAAGAAGCGUGCAGAGAAGGGGUCGACAAGCUCUAGUUCUAAGCCGAAACCAAAAGCCAAAGCAUCAGGCAAGAGCAUAGCCGAUGGCCAUAUAACACAGAGAGUAAGCAGUGUAUCUCCCUCUUCGUCGUCACUAAAUCAGACCUUAGCCACAUCCAGCACAUCAAACACUUCCGCUAAAAGUAUUGCCGAAGUGAAGGAGCUGAAACCGCCGACUAUAGGAAAGGAAUACCACUCCUGCGGGGUGUGUGAGAUAGGACAAAAGUGUGUCUGCUUCGAGACACAGACGUUGUCCAUUGCAGCAACAAUCGCCCAAGCCCUCUCUCGGGGUGGCGUGAACUUACUCGGACUUGGAGGUAUGAACAAUACCUCCAUCAACACACUCAACAAUAUGUCGAACAUCAACGGCUUAAGCACUUUGACGAACAUCUUGAAGCGGGAGGAGAUCAUGAAGAAAUUAAAGGAUGACGACAAGAAGACGUUGACAAGCAUAUUGAAGUCCGAAAGCACCAAGAAAGGCACCACGAAGAAGGAGAAGGCGAAUCUGAACACGAUCCUAGGAGGCUUGAAUGGGCUGCCGAUGGACGAGAACAUAUGCGGCAUAAGCACCAUCAACGACGCCACCAUGACCGGCAUGCGGAACGACAUGGCCAAGGCUACGAGUGGACCCGCUGCUGCUGCUGCUGCGGCGGCGGCGGCGGCGGCGGCCAAGGACGACGACGACGACCUGCUGCAGAUGAUCGACGCGGAGCUGCUGCUUGAUCCGACGCCGCUGGUGAACCCGCUUCUGCUCAAGAAGGACAGAAGCACGAGCGCUGCGAACUCCUUCGCUCUCAAGACGACUGCUGCCGAUCCGGUCAGCUCUGGAAUGGUCCGGUCCGAAAGCAAAAACUCCCAGCACAGUUUUGGCACCAGUGCCGAGUUCUUUGGUAGAGGCUCCCUGGUAGACUUCAACGCGUUUAACGGCGGCGACGCGAUGAUCGACGACGACGCGAUGAUGUUUGAUACCGCCUCGCUGACCAUGGGCAACCCCGCUGCCGACCUCCCCACCGACAUCGACAAGAUCUUAAUGGAACCGAUUGAUGACCCUGAUGAUUUUAUGAUUUACUAAUGACCUGAAUGUCUUCACCCUGACAAAUCCACGUUUAUACCUUUUCGGACCUUUUUAUAAACAGUACGUAUAUAUAUCUAUCAACAUAGAAGAACAAAGGAAAAAACUGCA